GACUCCGACUACCUGAACACCAUUCCCGAUCCACGAACACCCAGUCCCAACCCACAGCGUACCAGCCCGGCAGAAGACUCGCAGGACCCGCAUCCCGAUCUAAGCAUUGAGGUUGCUAUGCUCAGUACGAAACUCAUCAACGCCAUCAACUACCAAACAAACCUGGAUGAUUCGUUGCAACACUCACGCCAUGAGCUUGAAGCUGCUAGACAGCGCAUAGCACAGCUGGAACAAGAGACACAACAGCACAAGUUCAUGAUCUCAAGUGGUGCUCUUGUCAACAAAGCUGAGGUGGACACGCUCAGACAAGAGUUGACGGAAUCGCAAAAGCAAAGAGAUAUCGCCGAAAAGGGCAGGAAAGAGAUGGAGGUCGAACUUGAGACUCUUACCAGUGCUUUGUUCGAAGAAGCCAAUACUAUGGUCGCCGCAGCUCGCAAAGACACGGAAGCUGUCGAACGCAAGAACGCGCAACUAAGGGCACAGCUGAAUGACACCGAAUUGCUUCUGGCCUCGCAGCAGGAACAGUUACAAGAUCUGAAGAGUGUCAUGGAAAAGUUGACUGAGGACCGAGACCGCGAUGAAACAGAUACAAUACCUCGUUCUUCGACGGCCCCAUCGACGCCAGGUGUCGACUCGAACAAGAUGAGCACCAUGUUUGACUCGCUACCCUUCUCUCCCAACGCUACACCAUUUAGCGACGUUCCUCCGGAUCAGCCUCUUCGCUUCUCACAUCUCAUUGUUCCCAUUAUGCGUAACGAUGUUGUUGCAUAUGGUGACUUUGCAGAUCUUCUCAAAUCCGCUAGAGCGGCUGCCCCUAACCACUCGCGCAAUUCAUCAGGCAUCAGCUCAAGCAUGUUCGUCGCUUCUGCCUCUUCGUCCUCGCCAAACAUUCCAGGUUCUUUUAGCUCUGGCGCUGCUGCAUCACCACGCGAGACGUCAUUCCAGUCGUCGGUACCUCCACUCAAGGAUAGCAAGUUCUACAAGAGAUGUCUCGUUGAGGAUGUAGAACCCACAUUACGUCUGGACCUUGCCCCUGGCCUCUCCUGGCUGGCCCGACGCACGGUAAUUGGAGCUGUAACUGGUGGUACCCUGAUUGUAGAGCCUUUUAUACCGCAAUCGCGCUUCUAUAGGAACGCCUAUGCAUGCGCGCUUUGCGGAGAGUCUCGCCGAACAGAGGCUCAUGCUCGCCGCCAUCGAUUCCGUACCAGUGAGGACGAGAACGCCCAGCGAUACCCCUUGUGUGAGUUCUGUUUGGGCCGUGUGCGAGCCACGGGCGAUUUCCUGGGCUUCCUCAGAAUGGUUCGCGAUGGACUUUGGAGGGCAUCUACAGAAGAAGACAUCAAAACCGCCUGGGAGGAGAGCGUACGCUUGAGAGAGAAGAUGUUCUGGUCCAGACUUGGAGGUGGUGUGGUUCCAGCGAUU